AGAAGUCCUGUCCUUUAUUGAGUCUGGCAACCCUACCUGGGCAUUGUCUGGGUAUAGCUUUUUUUGAAUGUAGUCCAGGCCUACAUGAUUCAAGCCCUUGAAACAUUUCACUGGCUGUGCUGCUGUGUUGCUCAAUGAAACCCAUGUGCUGCACAGAAAUUUGGGGGCUGGGAGAAGCUUGGGAGGGCUGGCAUCAUGGCUGCAGGAUGACACGUUUGCCUACCGUCCUUUUGGCCACCACAAGGCCAUCUACUUUGGCUCAGGCUUACAUUCCUGGUGUUUGGGGUAAGUAGUCAUUAUGGGAUUGCAGCUGGCAGGCAGCUGAGCCAGAUGGAUUUGUCUUGCGUAAGAUGCCGCUUCAGCCAUGCCAGUGGACUGUUUCAGCUGUAGCCGAGCUGCAGAAUCAGUGGGCUAUAAAAGUUCACAUCCAUUUACAAAUUAUGUGCUUAUCAACCAUUGCAAAGGCUUCAGAUGCCCUUUCUCUGUCUCAUUCUGAAAUAUCUCUUGGAAGCUCUACCUUGAACAUACUGUUCCCAAAUAGAAAGGUAGGCUUGGUUUAAGGACAUAAACGCCAGUGGUUUAAGGACAUGAAUGUUCUCUGGAGUAUGAAAUAAAUGACAUGUUCCAUCCAUCUUUUUGUUUAAAUGGGGGGGGAUUUAAUAGGAUUUUUAGUUAAUGCAUGGUUAUAAUUGCUUUAAUAAUUUUGUUGGCUUAAUCAGUGGAAAGAUGAGUUUAUAAGUAUUUCUAAUAAACAUUUCUAAUAAACGAAAUUAAAAGACGCCUGCUUCUAGGGAGAAAAGCAAUGACAAACCUAGACAGCAUCUUAAAAAGCAGAGACAUCACCUUGCCGACAAAGGUCCGUAUAGUUAAAGCUAUGGUUUUCCCAGUCGUGAUGUAUGGAAGUGAGAGGUGGACCAUAAAGAAGGCUGAUCGCCGAAUAAUUGAUGCUUUUGAAUUAUGGUGCUGGAGGAGACUCUUGAGAGUCCCAUGGACUGCAAGAAGAUCAAACCUAUCCAUUCUUAAGGAAAUCAGCCCCAAGUGCUCACUGGAAGGACUGAUCCUGAAGCUGAGGCUCCAAUACUUUGGCCACCUCAUGACAAGAGAAGACUCCCUGGAAAAGACCCUGAUGUUGGGAAAGAUUGAGGGCACAAGGAGAAGGGGACGACAGAGGACGAGAUGGUUGGACAGUGUUCUCGAAGCUACAAACAUGAGUCUGACCAAACUGCGGGAGGCAGUGGAAGACAGGCGUGCCUGGCAUGCUCUGGUCCAUGGGGUCACGAAGAGUCAGACACGACUAAACGACUAAACAACAAAUAAACAUAGUUGAGGUUAGUAGAAAUUGAGUGCUGGAGUGGUCCACAGUAAGAAUUAGAAUUGUCAGACCUCCAGGUCUCCAGGUUUGCCUGGCCCCUUCCGAGCAGCAAGUGGAAGGCUUGAAUCACUAGGUGGAUGAGAGUGCCUUUAAUUUUUGUUAAUAUUAUGAAGAAUGCUGUGCAUGAAGCUUGCAAGCUUCAGCCCAGGAGGAUCUGGCUGCAAAUGAUAGCAUAGACAUUUGGUUGGCCAGGGUGGUGGCGGCGGCUCUGCCUUUCUCUACUCCCUUCUCCCAAACCAUCUCCAGCGCCUACCCCCAUGACACCACCAGUGGCCACCCUUAAGUCUCAGGUUUGGACCCUGAAAUCUCAGGGUCUGAGAGAUGCUCCUGACCUGGCAACCCUAGUUAAGAGUGUAAUCUUAUAUAUGCUUACUAGAGAGGAAACCCCACUGAACAUGGUGAGACUUGCCUCUGAGCAAACAUGCAGAAUAUUGGGCUAUAAAGGCCAGUGUAUUAAUUCCUACUGCAGGCUGAGAUCUGCUUCAGCUUUGAUUCAUACUUCCCAUCCUGCAAUGCACAGAGGACGGAAGUACAUAGGUGGGAAGCAACAUCUGAGGAACUCAAUUUUCAAGAAUUCAAGUGUGAACUGGCCUUAUUUGAUCUUCCUAUACAAAGCAAGGGGUAGAAUUUAGGCUUUAGAAUUUAGAAUUUACCUAGCAGGGUGCUUUCUCUUUGUGGCAGUACUUUGUGGCCUCUUCUUUUUUUCACUGGCCAUUUUGUGCUGGCACCCAUUUCACUUUUAUCAAGAUAAUGAGCACCAGCGCCUCGUUUAUAACCCGAAAGCAGUGCCCUAGGACUGACUUCUGAGUAGACAUGGUUACGAUUUGUGCUGUGUUGGGUUAUCCAGUAGUGUUCACACUUUUUAGAAGGUUCCACCAGAAUUCUUGACUCCAGGUAUAAAAAAAUAAAAUGCAUUUAUAUUUAAAUGCAACUUCUUGUGCAGUUUUAAAGCCACCACAAAUUGAUGUGGAAAUGGGUCGUAAGAGAUGUUCAAGUGAGCACGUGUGGAGGUGGCAUAGACUGUAAAAUACACUGAUUUCUCUAUCCCUUAUCUUGAUAAGGAGCGACAUCCCCCCCCACCCGUCACACAUGUGGUUCAGUUACCUUCAAAUUGCAUGAUGAGAAGCACUAGGGAAGCAGGUCCUAUGGUGCUGUAGAAGCAUCCGGAUUGCUCCUAAGACAUAAAAAGAUGAGCAAACAGUAGGAGCUUAUUGUUCCCUCUGUGCCUCGAUGCACACAGGCAGAUGAACAUCAGAGAGGCUGAAUCUAAGUACUUUAGAACCGCCGAGUUUUUCCAGUCAAUAAUCAGAGCUGGAUUAGCAGUUGCACAUUUACUUAGCCACAAGUGCAUGUAGAACAUCUGUUUCUACAUUUCCAGUCGGGAGAGGUUCCUGUUGCACACACAUGUGCUGACCAGGUGGGCUUCUCCUCCCGCUGUGCUGAGAGUCAACGUUUAAGAAAACCAUUGUUCUGUCUUAAAGGCUUCCUUACAGGAGCACAAACAUCUCCACAACAACAUCCCUUCAUCUCCCCACAGGCACUCCCAGUAGGAAUUGUCAAGUUUUGUUAUGUAUGAUUAUUCAAGCCAUUGGUAAAUUUAAACAUUUAUACUCCCAGUUUCGGUUGUUCCUCAAGAAGCGGAGUUCAGGUGCCAAUUGGCACCCCAGGUGGUUGCAAGUGCAACUGUUCUUUCUUAUCUCUCUUUUUUUUUUAAAAAAAAAAAACCCAAUGCAAAAUGUUCUCUCACUAAUGCCAGGUUUGUUUUUGCGUUUUUAAAACCAUUUAGCAAAAAUUGCAUGCUUGUAUAAACAGUUUUAGAAAGCAAUCUCGUUCCCUUGCUGCUGCCAUACGGCAUAGCCCAGCCACAGACAAAGGAAGCAGUGAAAGGUGGGAAGAUCAGGCUCAAUGCGGGUUGGUGCUGGCUGUGAGAGCAGCCUGGGAUCCAGUGGAUUCUGAGCCGAUCCAACCCUGCCUGUGCCUGCCCCUUUUAAAUGCUCUCUUUUGUUGCUUUCCACCAGGCUCUGCCAGCAGGGAUAAUGUGUAAUAUGUUGCUCUGCCCUGCGUUUUUUUUCUAUGGAAAUGGGGGUUCCACCUCAAGGAAUAACAUACUUGCUGCUGUAAGGAGACUCCCUUGUCUGGAGAUGAAUAACAAGGUGACUCAGAAUUCAUCUCCUGGCUUUCAACUCAGUCAUGUUGGCCUCUGGGUCAUGUAAACAAAGCUGAGAAUGAAGUGAGUUUAGGAUCUAUUAUCUCAAAAUGUUCUCAUGUAAACAAGCUAAUGCACCCUCUGUACUCCCAAAGACCACACAAUCCCUGAUCGUGACUGGUUGGGCCUUCAAAUGUUUUCUCUCUCUCUCCACAUUUAGGCACAUAAAUUUUGUGUCUCAGCAUAUUUGCCAUGUUCUUUGUUCUGGAUAAGUUUGUCAUAGUGACAGAACACUUGGACACUAUGACACAAGUUGCUUAGCUAAAACAAUGCCAUAGUUUUCUUUUCUUUUUUUAAAAAAAGUGUUUGAAUUUGGUAUUAUAUUUGCUGAUAAUUUAUUUACCUGGCUCAUUAAAAGUUAAAAAAAAAAGUUCUGGAUUGUCUGGCACCCCUGUACUUGCAGAAUUGUUUUUCCCCCUCCUGGUGGUUCUUUGUUUUUUGUAUCUGUGGACCAAAUAAAAUAUAGUAAAUGACACACAUGAUUGGAUGAAGGCACUGAUCUUGGUUGGCAUAGCCACACUAUCUAAAAUAUCUACGUUUCCAUCCACCUGAGUUGUUGAUAGUCCUGUAGCAGAAAGGAAGAUACAGAGAAAUACAGGUCUGUUAUGUAUUGAAGUCACUGUAUAUAGUUUUCCCUCAGGUCCGAGGCAGUUGUUUUAGGAGGGAACUUUAGGAGGGAAUUUUGAAUGAUGUUUUGUUACAUUGUUUGAGCCAGCCUCUAUAAAAGCAGGCUGGCUCAGCACUUCACUUCAGUUCUGUUCUGGCUUCCGAAUAAGUAGCUUCUCGAAGAAUUGCCGUGUCGUCUACCCACUAUUUAACACUGGCAACGUCUCUGCAUGUUCUUCCCACUUUGAGGCUAAUAGCAGCUUUUGGAGCAGGGUUAGACCAGGAAGAUGUCCAGAGGGGAAAUGUUAAGGGCUUCCCUAGCACUGCAGCUCCAACCAAAGUUAGAGGCCCUCCUGCAAGCUGAUCUAAUAUGUUGUGUGCAUAUGCUUCUGUUCUUCUGCUUAGUGUAUGUGUGGGGUUUUGUGUCAGCGUUACUUGUAUGGGUUCUCUUACUAUUUGCUUGAGUUGGGGGUGGCUGGUUGUCUUUGGUUGGCUGUAGUGAGUGAGAUUAGGUUUUUUGUGGGGGGGGGUAUUUUUUGAUCAGGUUAGCCAGAUUGGUUUGUAUGCUGUCGGCAGAUUCUUGUUGCUGUCUUGUUGGGCUGUGUAAAGGGGAACCAUACUGGGGUGAAGGCGUCCUCUUCUAUUUGUCCCUGUGUCAGUUUCAGUUUGUUGGUUAGUUUUUCUAGUAAGGCUGUUUCCCAUACUGUUCGGUACCAUUGUCCAUGCUUACUCCUGACAGUUCUCUCCAGUGUCUGGUUAUGAUUCUUCUCGCUGCUGAGAGUAGGUGGGCUAUGAGCUCUUUAUGAUGUGAGUGGGCAUUAUUAUCUUGGAAGGUGUUUGGUAGGGCCAGUUCUGGGGUGACUUCUAAUGCUUGCUUAGUUAGAAGCAUAACCACCCCACUCACCCCUCCCCCUCUUUCCCCCUUUUUUCUUCCUAACCUAACACUGUAUGUAACACUAAUGUCUCACAACAAAUGAAACUGAUCUGUAGAAAACAGGGACUUGAAAAAGAGACAAUGUGCAUGUAUUUUUGGAAACUAAGAAAUCACACACGCACACACAUAUGUGAAAAGGUAAAGGUACCCCUGACAGUUAGGUCCAGUCGCAGAUGACUCUGGGGUUGCGGCGCUCAUCUCGCUUUAUUGGCCGAGGGAGCUGGUGUACAGCUUCCGGGUCAUGUGGCCAGCAUGAGUAAGCUGCUUCUGGUGAACCAGAGUAGCGCAUGGAAACACCGUUUACCUUCCCGCUGGAGCGAUACCUAUUUAUCUACUUGAACUUUGAUGUGCUUUCGAACUGCUAGGUUGGCAGGAGCUGGGACCAAGCAACGGGAGCUCACCCCGUCGUGGGGAUUCUAACCGCCAACCUUCUGAUCGGCAAGCCCUAGGCUCAGUGGUUUAACCCACAGCGCCACCCUGGUGGCUCUAAAAGUAGCCGAUGCCAUAACCAUGGUGCCAGUUGCCCAUGACAUAUUUCUGUUUGUUUUUCCCCCCUGACACAGUCCUUGGGACUUUUAACACUUUAAAAUACCCAAGCUCUGCGAUAGGGCAUGGUUGGCCAAAGUUGUUGAGACCGUGAACAGCUUAUCAGCCUCUUCAUGUGACCAAGAAGCAGAAGAUUAAAGCCUCCACCUCUGUGAUUUCUCCUUCCUCAACAACCAUCCAUUACUUCCCUUGUGCUUCAAACCCUUCUCCCUCCCCCUCUUCACAGGCUAGUGGAAGCGGAAACAAGUGAGUUUGAAGUCUGCGGUGCAUCCAGGAAAUUAAUGGAGAUACUUGCAGAGAAGGGAGAAUUAGAACAAGCCAGCAAAUAUGAAUCGCUCAGGGUUGAAUCUCAUUUCUGCGGACUUAAUGUUAUUCCCCGGCUGGCCUAUUCCUCACAGGCCCUGAGGCCUUGACAGCCAUCCAGAAUGGUGCCCCGUCCUCCCACUUUGGACUAUGUGUGUCAAGCCGGAAGGCAAAGAGGGAGAAGACCCCGUUUCAGUAUUAGAGCAUUCAAAACUAGUUAAUAGGAAUUAAUUAAAUUCAGGAUAUUGCAGGGCAAGAUAGACAGAGCUUGAGGGCUCCUGAUAAAGUAAUUAAAAUGGUGGGUGACGCUUGAGUGGUUUGUGUGUAUUAUCAGAACCAUGAGAUUGAAUUACAGCCAGUCAUCAGCUCAUGCAUUAUUUAUACUGCUGUAUCAAAAUAUUUUUAGAAAAAAAAUUAAAAAGAAGAAAAACAAUAAAGCAAGUUUAAUUCUAUAAAUGAUACGAAACAUUUUUGGGUGCCGGCCUUGAAGCUAGCUCUCUCUCUCUCUCUCUCUCUUGGCCUCAAUGCAUUGGGAGCUGUAGCCUGCCUUGUACAGGCUGCGUGCAAACGUCCAGUCAAAUUCCCUACCCAUUUAUAGGUGAAUAAAUAGUGGGGAGGAGGGAGGAUUCCACUGAAUUUCUCUAGGGGUGGCAGAAAAAGUAUUCCAACAGAUUCGCAGGGAUGUGGCUCACCGUUAGCAGUGGCAAUAGUUCAGCUUCCUUCUCCCAUGUUCCCCACUGCCCACAUUUUUUAAAAAUCCUUUCCCCCCCCCCUUGUGUUGGCAAUCUGGUCACCAUUUUGCAACCUCUACACUGCCUCAGACAAAGUGGGUGCCAUUCCGGGGCAUGAUGGCCAGUGUGGAAAUGGUGGCCACCCCACACACAAAAAAGAAGAGGAGUAUUUGGAGCAAAUUAUGCUCCAAAUUGUACUGCCAUUGUCUUUGUAUCUUGUCUCCUACUAACAAUGAUAAGUUUUGAGAAGGAUGGAGACCAGCAGGGUUUUUUUCUGGUCUUGGCACCCUUUCUGAGCUUUUUAUUCUGGAAAGUCCCCUAACUUUGCCAAGAGUUCUCUGUACAAGCUUGGAACAAUGCAAACAAUUACAAGGUGAGUCAUGGUUAGCUUGCUUAAUCUGUACAUGUAGCCCUGGUUCGUAUUUAAGGCUCCAUGCAUGCAAUUGGAGUAUUUGCAUUCAUCCCUGAGGCCUACUCUUUCACCCUAUUGCAUAUACAACGUACAUGAUUUAGCAUCAGGAUUCUUGCUUUCCCUUCUCGUUUUUCAUGUUAAAAUCUGUGUACUGGUGCUCUAAAGCUUGACCUGCAUAUGUUUGCACUAAGAAUCUGAUCUGGCCUGGCCUGGCCUCUCUGUUAUGCUAGGGCAAAAGCACAGUGAAGGAGGCUAGUGACAUCCACAGUCCAGUUUCCAUGGAGACAGCACCACACAUGCUGAUAUUUUGGGACUGGGCUCUUGACCCUUCAGCCAUUCUCCUCCUGGAACACGAGGUUACUCCUCAGAAUACUUGCAGACUGUGUGUGUUUGAGUGUACACCAAUUGUGCAUUUGGGCAUAGGGGAGGGGAGGGGAGGGAGGGAAGCAACACAUGUGUCUCUGCUGCUUAAACAAUGACCAAGGCUUAUUCAGUGCAGAAUACAGAUACAUGCCACCCCCAAUCUCCACAGCAGGGCAAGGUGCCAGGGAGUUCCAAUCGCUUACCCAGGGUCUGCGUUUCCUUUGCAAAUGAGCCACAGCGGAGACUGUGGUGUCUUUAUGAUGUACGGCUUAUUUACACACAUAAGUGGGUUGUAACCUGUUGUAACCUGAGCCUUGGAGAAGGAACUGGCAACCCACUCCAGUAUUUUGCCAUGAAAACUCCAUGGACAUAAAAAAGGAGAAGCUUUGAGAAGGAAUUGAGAGUUUCCAAGGCAUGCUCUGGUUCAUGGGGUCACGGAGAGCCAAACACGACUAAGACGACUAAACAACAACAACCUGAGCCUACCAUGGAGGGGUUCAAAACAUUACACUCCAGGAGGGUUCUGUUUCUCUCAUUCCUGCAGCCUUGGAUUCAAACUGUCUGCCUACAUUGUACCCUGAUCACCCACUUCUCAACUUGCUGCUACUUAACAGACGGAGUCCUUUUUCCCUCAGCCACAUCACUAACUGAUAAUCCUAAAACUUCCUCCUAACAAAAACUCUGGCAUUGUUUUCUGACUAGUGAUCUCAGAGCUUGGGGAGGGGUGCUCUCUCCCCCCACCCCAAUUUGCUGGCUGGCACAGAGUCUUUGCUCUCUGCUUUGCUUCCUUUGUCCUCUUUUAAUGAUCCAUCUCCCCAGGUGAUUACUAGACAUGGGAAGCUGGUUUGACCUGUAUUUUCACAUGCAAAGUCCAGCAUCUAGCAGCCCAUAUUAAUACUCCAAGCACUGGUUGAAUUCUAACACUUACUUAUAUCCAGGAAUUAGGGGUGUCUUGCACCCACGAACUCAUAACAAUACUAUUCAGAAGCUUAGGAGCAGCACUGGAAGCUGCCUUGAACCAAACCAUUGGUUCAUCUUUCUCAGCACUGCAGCUUUGCAGGAUUAGUCAGGAGACAUUCUCAGCCCUACCUGGAGGUGCCAGAGGUUGAAACUGAGACCUCUUGCAUGCAAAGCGGGUGCUUUAGCACAGACCAUAGCUGCCAAGUUUUCCCUUUUCUCGCGAGGAAGCCUAUUCAGCAUAAUGGAAUUUCCCUUAAAAAAAGGGAUAACUUGGCAGCUAUGCCACAGACUCAUCAGCUGUAGGUCUGACGGUGAAGACUGCCUAUGCCCAGCGCCAAAGGGGUCUGAGAAAAUCAUCUCAUUGCUCAAGCCAAUGAGCAAGCAAUGGCCUAUUAGUCUAUUUAUGGGUCAGGCUCUGAGAGUUCCAUCUGAUCUGUUGGUGUACAAGGGCUUGCUUGCUGGUCUUAUAGGUCUCCCUGGUCUUCUUGCUUCCUCAAGAGCUGGGUGACGGUACACAAGCUGUCUUCUCUACAGUUCCUGCAGGUCACAAGCUUGUAGACCUGGAGUGGUCUUGAUGCUCAGUGUGUGAAGGAGGAAAAGAAGUGGGAUUAUUUCAUUCUAAAUCAGACCAGACUCAAUUUACACCCAUGGAAAAGAAGCGGCUUGGCUGGGCAGCCCACCCCACCCCAUCUAUUGGCCGUGGCAUGCUGCCCACCACCACCACUUCACCAGUGUGCAUCUAACUUAGCACAAAUACUGGUCCCUGAUGAGCUGCAAGGGCAUUAUGGUUAUUCACCUUGGCUGAGCCACUUAACUCUCACUCCCAUACAGUGCUUAUGCAGCUGUAAAAUUUGAACAGCAGCUUCUCUCCUGCAGUGAACCUUGGCUCAUCUUCAGAUACGUUAUUCAGGAUCAUCCUGGUGAAAAGCAAUGAAGAAACGGGUCCGUUGUUGUGACAUAGCCCCGUGUGUGUGUUUGUGUAAACAGCUCUGUGUGUGCAAACUUAAGCUGCAUGUGUUAUUGGUAACAAGGUUAUAAAACAGACAGGGCCAGUGUUUUCCAACUUGGUUUGGGUUUCAGCUUUGCUGGGAUCGCUGCUAUUUGGCUCCUGUGGGCCCAGGGACCUCAGACUGGAACUGAAGUGGCAGAAAGGGAGCAUGCACGAGUCAAGCAGGUGGAAAUCGUUGAGUGGUGAAUUGUUAGAAACCUAGCCAGAAGGAUAAUAUAGCUCAAGAGAUGGAGAGGAAUGCUUAUAGUACCCACUUUAAACAGUCAUUGUUUCCCCCAAAGGAACCUGGGAACUAUAGUUUCUAAAAGGUGCUGAGAGUUGUUAGGAGACACCCCUAUUCUCCUCACAGAGCUAUAAUUCCCAGAAUCCAUUGGGAAAAGGAAUGAUUGAUAAACCAGCUCCAUGAUGGAAAUAGGAGAAUAACAUCCCAUUCUAAAAUAGCAGGCAGGAACAUUUUUAAUGAACAACACAUGGAGAAUCAAACUGGUGUAAUAUGUUAUCACUGCAAACUUGCUGCCUCUAAUGAAAUUGCCAAUAAUGCUUCAACGAGCCAAUGAAGAUGUAAUAAUUACAAUGAACCACCAGUUCAUUGAAGUCAGCAUUUUGGCUCUUAACACUGACCGGCCAGCUGCCUCUGGGAGGUUCAGAAGCAGGGCACAGUUGUGAUAGCCCUCCUGUUGCUAAUUCCCAACAUCUGGCAAUCUGCAUAUGGGGUCCUUGAAAACAGAGGUUUUGCUUUUUGUCUCUCAUUGACUAUUUACCAGAGAUAAGUCCAUCCACCCUAGUGCUGCUCUCUGUUCAGGAGUGGCAAAUUCACCUCAUCAUCUAACAUUCAGUGCAUUUACACUAACUGUGCAGUUCUUGCGGUGAUAAGUUCUGCAGGUGGGUUAUGAUUGUUUCUCUGUGUGUGUAUACCUAGUGCAAGCACUUUCACCUGUAAGAAGCAGCUAACCCAGCUUUUGUUCUAAACAAAUGCUUUACGCCUGCAUUUUUAUUUUACUUCCCCUCCAGCCCAACUUAAUUGCAUGUGUAAUGUUCUGCAGAUAGCAACGGAAUUGAUUUAUGACGGCUGCCCAAAGUCCAACUUGGCAAAGUAGCAAAGGUAACUAGUUAAUCAGUAGACAUGCUCCUGGGUUGCCCAGGUGCAGCUAAAGACAGCCUCCCAUUUCAUCCAUUUAAUGGUUGCCAGUGAACCAGGCUCUGCAUAAUGUGUGUGGUUUUUAAGUUGCUCUGAUAAACAGGCUGUGGGCUUUUGGUUCACGCUUCCAGCAUCUUGUCCUUGUUAAAUCAUAAGCAGUUUAAGAUCUUGUCCUUCUUCUGCAGUCAAUUGUAGGGAUAUUUCCCAUUGGUUUUUCUCUCCACCCACCGCUCACUUUCUUCUCUUUUCUUUCCAAAACAAAGUCUUGUGGUUGUUCCCUGCUUCCUCUCCUUGGAAAGAAUAGACUCUUCCAAGUUGGUAUCAUCUGUGCAUUUUAAUACGUGUGCUUAAUUCACUGGCUCAUGCGCAAUCUGGUAUGUUGCACAGUUUGUGACUGGAUGACAUGACAAGGGAGGGGUACUUAGUGACUAAUUUCUAGAGGGAGGAGAAACUGAAGGUUUGUCAUGUGGAAAAGUACUUUAGCCUAUUGAAGCAAUGUUGUUUAGAGAAUCAAGUAGAGCAAGAACGGCCCACGCUGUAUGUGAGCUGUGAGACUGAAGAGCUUUCUUAACACACAAGAACCUUUUCCAAGAAGGAUAUAUUAUAUACAUAUUUUAAAAAUCUAAUUCUAGACUGAAUCUUUAAAAUUUGGAAAGCAAAAAAAGAGCGGUAGCAUGUGGAAUGCAGACUAACCAUCUCAUUGCUCUACCAGUAGAGCUAAUUAAAUUAAUAUGCAGAGAGAAAUAUUCCCGAAUUCUUCUCGGCCAGGAUCCACUGCACAUCCCCCCCAUGCACUGCCAAUCUCUCCACCGGCUACGCCAGUGCCCCACUCCAUGCCUCCUUCCCCAUCCAGGAUCCCCUAUGGCAUUGCCAGGCCAGUUGGCGGCCCUGGCAAUGCCACCAUUCCCAGGGACAGGCUCUCAAACAUGCCAGCCUCGAGAUCCAUCUCGCCGAGCCCCAGUGCCAUUUUGGAAAGAAGGGAUGUGAAGCCCGACGAGGACAUGGGUAGCAAAACUCUUACUCCUUUUCGGAACGAGGGGCUGUAUGCCGACCCUUACUUGUACCACGAGGGCAGGAUGAGCAUCGCGGGUUCACAUGCGGGGCACCCUCUUGACGUUCCCGACCACAUCAUUGCUUACCAUCGUAGCACCAUGAGGUCUUCAAGCACUUACUGCAACCCUCCUAUGCAGCCUGAGAUCAUGGAGCAGUCGCUGUACCGGCAAAAAUCAAGGAAAUACCCCGACAGCCACUUGCCGACCCUGGGCUCCAAAACUCCUCCUGCCUCCCCUCACAGAGUAGCUGAUGUUCGGAUGGUAGACUUUCACGCCCAUCACAACUCCCAAGUGUCUCCUCACACCAUUCACCUUGAGAGGUCGUCUCCAGGUCGCCAGUCCCUUAAGAAAGACCCAGGGACGCCUGUGUUCGUAGAAGCAAAACCACGAAAUGUCAUGGGCUUACCCGGCAUGGCUGAGGUAGUCCCGUCGGUACCUGACAAGAAAGCUUUUGGCUAUGGAUCAGCAGUGAUACCCAAAGAGAAUGAGACCAGAGAGAGGAUGCAAGCAAUGGAGAAACAGAUUGCCAGUUUAACUGGUCUUGUUCAGUCUGCGCUUUUAAAAGGGCCAAAUACAAGUAAUAGCAAAGAGGCUUCUAGUGAGAAGAUGUUGAAAACUGUGACUAGUAAAAGCAGUGCUGAGAAGCCAGGAUCUGCUCAUGUCUCCAGUGGGAAGAACUCGUUACUAGCUAUCGAAGCUGCCCCUGCCAGCGUCAUGCCAGUCGGCUCCACAGCCAUGCAAGUCAGCCUCUUUGACAUGAAACGCAACGUGUCAGAUCUCCGUCUCCAGCUGCACCAGAUGCGGCAACUACAGCUGCACAACCAGGAGGCGCUACGGGCCAUGGUGAAGAAAGCGGAGCUGGAAAUCAACGGCAAGGUGAUGGAAAGAGCGAAGAGGCUGGAAGAUCCUGUGCAGCGACAGCGCCACCUGGUGGAGCAAGAAAGGCAGAAAUACCUACACGAAGAGGAGAAAAUUGUGAAGAGCUUGUGUGAGCUGGAAAGUUUUGUUGAAGAUCUGAAGAAGGAAUCUCUUACAGCCAAUAGGAUUGUUACACUGAAAGACGUUGAAGAUGGGGCUUUUCUUCUACGGCAGGUUGGAGAGGCUGUCGCCACCCUCAAAGGUGAAUUUCCAACACUGCAGAAUAAAAUGCGGGCCAUUCUCCGCAUCGAGGUGGAAGCUGUGAGAUUUUUAAAGGAGGAACCUCAUAAACUCGACAUCCUACUGAAGAGAGUUCGCAGCAUGACCGAUAUCCUCACCACCCUCCGGAGGCAUGUUACCGAUGGUCUGCUGAAAGGUGUGGAUCCCUCACAGGCCGCCCAGUACAAUGCCAUGGAGAAAGCGACGGCGGCAGAAGUUCUGAAAAAACAGGACGAGGCUGCCAAGAGCCCUGCUUCCCCAAAGCAAAAGGUUGGCGAACCCUCAGCGGAACUGUCUGUCAGGUCAGAGGUGAUCCCUGUCUCGAGCAUGACCGUCCACCAUGCACAAAGCUCCCCGGUGGUCAUGCAUCAGUCUCAGCAUUCAACAACACUGGUCAGCAAUGCCCCAAAUUCUCCCGUGGCAAAGAGCCCCUCGGCAGGUUCAUCUGCAUCAUGCCACCUGGUGCCUGCCAUGCCAGAGUCUGCUGCAGCAGCAGCAGCCGCAGUGACAGCGACCACCCAGCAAACGCAGGCACCUCAGUCGCCCCAGGUUAAUGGCUCCACCAUGCAAAGCCUUUUUAUCGAGGAACUUCACAGCGUCAGUACCAGGAACAGAGCUCUGUCAAUUGAGAAAGCAGAGAAGAAAUGGGAAGAGAAAAGGCAGAACCUCGAUCACUACAACGGAAAAGAAUUUGAAAAACUCCUCGAAGAAGCACAAGCCAAUAUCAUGAAAUCAAUCCCAAACCUUGAGAUGCCUCCACAAGCCACAGGCUCGCCAAAAGCUGACGCAGCAGAAAAAAUAGAAGUCUCUGAAGAGGCUCCUAACCCAGAGCAGGAGACCGAAAAGCCAGUGAAGUCUCCACCUCCUCCGCCUCCACGUCGCAGUUAUCUGAUAGGAUCUGGACUAAGCACAAGACUGGGAGAAGUCAGUUACGUGGCCAGGAAAGACAGCACUUUGGUCAAGGAAAGCAGUGAAGAUGCUGCUCAAGGAGCACAGCCAAAAAUCCCCAAGGAAGACCACGCCUCUCCUCAACCCCUGGGCACAAUUCCACCUGCAAAGGAGGAGGAGGAGGAGGAGGAGGGAGACAGAAUAAUGGCAGAAUUACAGGCUUUCCAGAAGUGCUCUUACAUGGAUGUAAACUCAAACAGCCAUGUUGAACAGUCCAGAAAUGACACUCACACAAAAGAUGCAAGGCCUGUGGCCUUAAUACACCCCAAGGAGAAGAAGGUGUAUGGGGAGGCAACAAAAGAUAGUGACCAUCCCAAGCACCAGACAGAAGAGAUGGUCUCGGAUGCUCCCAGCAUUGCUGAAAACUCUACCUUCAGCAAAGAUUUGCUUUUGGAGAAUAAGGAGUAUGCACAAACAAAUUCUCUUAAGCUGAAAACAAACUGCUCCAUUGUGUUAGACAAUGAAAGGAAGACGGGGCCUGAAGAAGCACAAUGUCCCGCAGUUGAAACUGGAAGACAAAGGUCAACCAAUGCUGCACUUAGAGAGACUGGUCAUAGUUCGCAGCAGAAUGAGCCUCUCAGUGGUGCAGGGGCACCUCCUGUCAGUCAAACAGACUCAUACACCCAGGAGGCUUCUCCUAAGUCUCUAGAGGAACAAGAAAUGUCUGCUGGGGCCUAUAAUCAAGUUGUGCUGAGGCAUAAGGCACCUAGAAAUGUUGCCUUAAAUAGUAUGGAUGAGGUAGAGUCGCCAACUAGCUCUCCAAGUGAUGAAAGCCCACCAUCGGAGAACAUUGCUUUCAUGAUUACCAAAACAGCAGUCCAAUUUCUGUCCAGUGGAGAGGUCCACGAUAUAGUCAACAGGCAGGGAGAAGAUGUGCAGACUGUGAACAUUGAUUCCAGAAGGGAAGCAACAUCCCAACAAGGGACGCUAGAGAACCGUGAAAGUGAAGAGCCUGUGAUGUGCUUGGACAAAAAACCGGUAAUCAUUAUUUUUGAUGAGCCAAUGGACAUCCGAUCAGCUUAUAAAAGACUUUCAACGAUAUUUGAGGAAUGUGAUGAAGAGCUGGAAAAAAUGAUGACAGAAGAGAAGAUAGAUGAAGAGGAGGAGGAGGAGGAAGACCAAGAGCCUGAGACACCUGGUGCCCGUAACAUAGGAGUUACCAGUGCAGACAGUAAUAGGAGUCAUGGGGCUGAUGACACAAGCAGCAGUAGAUUUGAGCAGGACUUCAGAAAACGCUAUCUGUCUAAUUCAGCGACACAAGUCAAACUCCUUGAAGGGCAGGAAACAGGCGAGAUGGAUCUCAGGAAAUCUCCUUACAUUUAUGUGCCACAUCCAGAAUCAAAGCUGGACACUCCUGAUACAAAGAAGAAAUUCAAGUUUAAAUUCCCUAAAAAGCAGCUGGUGGCUCUUACACAGGCAAUCCGCACGGGGACUAAAACCGGCAAGAAAACUUUGCAGGUGGUUGUGUAUGAAGAGGAGGAGGAAGACGGCACUGUGAAACAGCACAAAGAGGCAAAAAGGUUUGAAAUCCCGAGCAGUCGGCCUGAUGACGCUUCAGGGAAGGAGGAGCCAAACCUAACUGUACAGACUUCUAGGACUGAAGAAAUUAGAAAAAAUACAUACAGGACUCUGGACAGUCUGGAGCAGACUAUUAAGCAACUGGAGAGCACUAUUAGUGAGAUGAGCCCAAAAUCAGUUUCUGAAGCUCCAGCCCGAUCGGAGGGAACUUCUGUCCCGGGCUUUUUCUCACCUAAAGAAUCCCUAGCGCUGGAAGAGACUAUUGCUGAUGUUGAACCCCCUUCCUCAAUACCGUCAACUUCACGUAAGGGUUCAACCAGCACUUCACAGACCAGCAGGAUGCCAAUCCCUGCAGCCGCAAAAAGUAGACAGCAAGGCAGUGCAGACAAAACAAGCAAACCGCAUAAGCUACAGGAUCAACGCCAGUACAGACAGGCUAAUGGAAGUGCUAAGAGAGCUGGUGGGGACUGUAAGGCCACUUCCCCUAACCUGUCUGCUUCAAAAAUCCCAGCCUUUUCUUCCACCUCUGGGAAAAGUAGCUCUGUUUCUAGCGGUGAUAGCACUAACCUUCCGAGCCCCCCUACUAAAGCCUCUGGCCCUUCUUCUAACCCUCUCAGUCCUCCAACAGGUCGCCCUCCUCAUUCCGCUUCCCUAAUCCCCUCUGUCUCUAAUGGCUCCUUGAAGUUCCAGAAUCCCGCUCACACAGGUAAAGGUCACCAACCUCUUUCAUUCUCAAUACAGACUCAAAACGGCCGGCCACCCCCUCUUCCUCCAGCUCCCUUUUCCUCAUCCUCCUUCUCCUCUCCCUCCUCCUCCUCCUCCUCUCCCCCAUCACUGAGUCAAGGUUCGAAGAGCAUCCGCUCGAUCCACACACCCAGCUUCACCAGCUACAAGUCCCAGAACGGAAGUGUCAGCAAACCUGCCCAAUCUUCCUCCGUCACCAAGGAAUCAACUUAAAAGCUCUAUACUGGCCAGUACAAGUUGCGGACAAAAUCUUCUCUGUUGCUGAUGUCGGUAUUGCAGCUGAGAAGUGCGUACCAAACUUGCUGUGGAGUUUCAGGCUGAAAUGUGAAACUUGUGCUAAAUACUGGGUUAUUACAAGCGAGAGACAAAAAGUAGUUUUGUAGGCAUUCGCUGCUGUCAAAAUGCCGAGGGGGAGGGGGAGGGCAGGGGGUGGGGGCUCCGUUCAGCCAGAAACUUGUUACAAAAAGUACAAUGGGAGUAUGAAUGAAACUAGAAGUAUGAGUGCACAGAAAUGGUUCAAGCAUGAAAAUAAAGUGUAUUAAAGCGAGUUAUUUUGUAUAAAGCUAUUUUUAAGUACGAGAACUAAGCAUCGUGUGAUAAUGCAAAAUUAUAGAACUGAAACUAAGAUAUUUUUCUUUUAUUUUAGUGUUAUCCAAAUUUGUUACAGAUUUCUAUUUUUGUCAAAAAACAAAACAAAAAAACCCUUCAUGGUUACUUUCAGAAAUCUUUUUUGCCAAAACAUUUGAUACUACUAUAACGUACAUUUUGAUAGUUAUGCCGAACACCUUCCUCUGCACAAGCAACAAGAAUUAAGACUGAGACUGAUGUGGUAGGAGGCAACUUUACCUAUUGCACUGCCAUUCAGAUUAUAUUUAAUAAUAAUUUGCGAUGCCAAGGAAAAACUUUUUUUUUUUAACAUUUAGGCAUUUGCUGAUUCCCUUUUGCUUCCUUCAUUUUUCCAUUUUACUGAGACCUGGGUAAAUCAUGUAGUACUACCAUGUGGAUUAUUUUUUAAAAAGUGUAUACUUCUGUACUGUUCUGUAUAAUGGAAAAACCUCUGUACAUAUUAUAAUAUAAAUAUAUAAAUAUAAAUAUAUAAAUAUAAAAUAUAAGUACAGUAUGCGGCUGGGCACAGACAAGAGUAGUUUUCGACACCAAAGGUCAAUUUUAUGCAUGGUUCUCAAGUACACUUUGGGAAAAGGUCAGUGGGGGUGGGCAGGGAUGGGUUUCAGAAAGCAACCUGUGUGGCAAGGCGAGUGGUUCUUUUUGUAAAUAUCUUAUUUGUACAACUCUAUAGUAUAAUACAGAAGGAAAGAAACACCUUUGCAGAAAUAAAGGGCUGCAUGCUUAUGUUGUGGUA